UGAACGAUAGGAAAGGCACUGAGGAAGAAGGGAAAUUGGAAGAGUGGAUUGCUGCGGUGUGUGUGAGGAGGCUGCGAAUCGUCUGCAACUUCUCUGCCUUUGCUUUCUUCUUUCUUUCUUUCUUAGUUUCGCCUCUCUCUUUUAUCGCAUAUCGUUCCAAUCAAGGAAUCCAUGUCGGCUCGGUUGCUGAAAAGGGUUUUGAAAGAACAACAACAGCAACAGAGACUGCAGCAGCUUCCCCGCGAAGAGGAGGAAGAUGAAGAUGAAGAAGAGGAGGAGCAGCUGAAUGGAAAUCGAUCUGAAUCCUCCAGUUCAGGCCCUCCUUCCUCAAUCAAUCCCUUCCACCUUCUAUGCGACGAAGAUGACCCUGAAGAGGGGGAUGAUUCGGAAGUCGUUGAAGAAACCUUGAAGCUAAAUAUUACUAAACAAGAACCUUCACUGAUGGAAAGUAACGUUGAUAUGCUUGUGACAUCCAGUCACAAGUCAAAGAAAAAGAAGAAGAAGAGAGGGAAGGGUGGCUCUUUGUCGAGUGCAGAUAAUGUUGAAAAGCCCUUGGAUAUGAUCUUAGAAACUCUCUCUUUAGAAGUGGAGGGUAAAUCUUCUAGUAACGAUGGUGUCCCUGGAAAAGCCAAAGCCACGAAUGUGAAGACUGGUGACAAACUGGUGAAACAAUACGUGCCCUCAAUAUUACGCGUGGAUCCCAAAUAUUUGAAUGCUGAAAAUGAACUUCGAAGAAUAUUUGGUUCUAAAGUGGUGAAAUCAUUUGAGAAAAAUAGUCAAGCUGGCAGUUCUAGACAGAUACGGGGUGGACGAUUUGGAAGCCAUAGUCAUAGAAAGACUGUUCUUGUCACUCCUUCAGACUAUUGGCCUCGCUGGGAUGGUUCUUUGUCCAUGGAAUUUCUGGAAACAAAGGAUGGGAACCACUACUUUAGAUAUGUACACUUGCCAUCCUAUGAUCAAGCUCAAAAAUCAUUUGUAGCUGCCCAAGCUAUUCAUGAUCUUAAUAGUAUUGCAAGCAUUUUGUUGCACCAUCCUUAUCACAUAGAUUCACUGAUAACAAUGGCGGAAUAUUUAAAGUUUGUGGGUGAACAUCAAAAGUCAGCGGAUGCCACAGCAAAGAGUUUAUAUGCCUUGGAAUGUGCAUGGCAUCCUAUGUUCACUCCCUUGCAGGGUAAUUGCCAAUUGAAAUUCAGCCAUGAAACCAACAAACCGCUAUUCACAUCACUUUUCACUCACAUGAGAAAUAUGGACAGACGAGGCUGUCAUCGAUCUGCUCUGGAAGUUUGUAAACUGUUGCUAUCAUUGGAUUCUGACGAUCCAAUGGGUGCCAUUUUUUGCAUUGACUACUUAUCGUUGAGGGCAGAGGAAUAUGCAUGGUUGGAACAGUUCUCUGAGGACUAUAAAAGUGACAACUCCUUGUGGUUGUAUCCAAAUUUCUCAUAUUCACUUGCCAUUAGCAGGUUUUAUCUUGAGCAACAGCACUUCUCAAAAGAUAAUCAUGCGGAUUCUUCAAAUUCUACUUCAAAUGAUCUUAUGAAGCAGGCUUUGAUGCUUCACCCUUCUAUCCUAAAGAAACUUGUUGCAAAGGCACCUUUGAAGGAUAAAGUAUGGAUAGAUAUAGUCAAGCAUUCUUUCUUCCGAUCAGAUCAAACAGGAAUACCCUCCUUAGAUCAUUUGAUCAAUAUAUAUGUAGAGAGGAAUUACAUUAUUUGGAGGCUUCCAGAACUGCAAAAACUGCUCCAGGAUGCGGCAAAACUGGUGAUCGAGACAAUGGAAACUAAUGAGAGUGAUGCCAAUGAUUGGGCUUGUGUCAGAAAAGAAGCAUUCCCAUCUGAGAAGAAUGAGUAUGGCCAUUUGUUGGUUUCAGAUUUCUCAGAUUCAGUGCCAUCUAUUCCACCUGAAAACCUUCAAAACUUUAUUGGUGACCCAAGGAUGAGGGGGCUUGCACAGGAUGAAGACCAAGUUGCCAAUCAACCUGGCAAUGGCCAUGCUCCUCGUGACGUUGCAAAUCGGAAUGCACUGGCUGUCUUGUUUGAGUCAAUGCUACCAUGGGUUCAUUAUGGGGAUGAAGACGAUGGAGGCGCUGAUUGAGAAUUGCCACCUUAGGGCCAUGGAUAUUAUUUUGAGGUGGCAAUGGCGGCUAGAGUAUACUCAUUGUUAAUGAAAUGUUUUCUGUUUCUUAAUAAGGUGGAUGAUAUAUAUCGGUUUUUCCUGCAGAAGGGAAAGUUCUUUUUAGUGUCCUCACUCUCGGAAGUUAAUUUUCUAUAUCUAGUAAAUUGGUGCCUGGUUUACUAUUGUUUUAGCAACUGUUCUGUAGAUUCUACAGAGGACUGACUCUUUGGAUGUAAAACAUACUUUAUUUCUUCUCAAAUUUACCGAAGAUAGAUUUACUAGGAA